AUGCCAGUGGAGAUAGUCACCAUAGUGAACUCUUCGGGGAAGAUAAUUAGCAAUGGUAGACACCUGUUAAACGUUCUAAAGGAGGCGAAGGCCUCUUACCAAGAGAAGAAAGCUGCUAUCAAAGCAGAGCGUGCCGUCAAGCGCAGCGAGACUUUUGACGUGCCGCCUUCGCCGCGCUAUUACGAUGAAGUCGAAUACGGUGACUGGCCUCGGCGGGCAUCCCACGACGAUGCCGCUUCCCAAGCGACAUCUCGUAGGAGCUACGGAUCUAAGAGAUCUAAACAACGGUCCGCGUCGCAGACGAGACCGGCAUUGACCGAGCGCAACCUCCAAACUCAUAGCGAAGUCUCAUCAACAGCUCCUUCGCGCCCCCCCGUUACCUAUCGUUCACCAUAUGCGGAAACCGCCGGGAGAGAUAUGACAUUGAGUCGUCCUACUCUGGCGCACGCGCCAACUAUGCCCAUCUACAUCGACGAGCCUUCUAUCGCGCCCUCGAUGCACACUGUGACCGUGCCUCGAUCGAUUUCGGAUCCGGCCUUGAGGGAGAAACGAAAGGAGAUAGAUAUGGAUCUGGCGUACGGAAAUGUCCCUCCAGACCUAGAGGAGAGGAUCGACCUAGAUCCCGUCCACAAGGCCGCCCAGAAGGAGCGCAACGCGCUGGACUUGAUUGGAAAGAUAGAAAAGCUGCUUACGGAGGCCCAAUGUUUACAUCACACGGCGACUCACAUCAUCCAACACCUACAGGGGAAUCCCGACGCUGCCGCCGCCGUCGCUCUCACACUCGCCGAACUAUCUGCGCUACUAGGAAAGAUGUCACCCUCUUUCUUAUCUGUCCUCAAAGGCGGCAGUCCCGCGAUCUUUGCCCUUCUCGCGAGCCCUCAGUUCCUAAUCGCCGCAGGCGUGACGGUCGGGGUUACGGUUGUCAUGUUCGGAGGCUGGAAGAUCGUCAAGCGCGUCUCGGAGGCAGAGCCAAUGGCCGCUACCCCGAUGGCUUUCCCAGCAUAUCAGCCAGGCCCUGACGAAGCCGGUCGACACUAUCCGGAGUCGGAAAUAAGCGCCGGCUUUGACGAGGCUCUCGUCAUCGAGGAGGAGUUGAGCAGUAUCGAGAAUUGGCGCCGAGGUAUCACGCCGUUUGGCGAGGAUGCGCAAGCCGACCUCGAGCUUAUCAGCCCCGAAGCUGAUCGCGCAAUGCGCAAUCAGUACGGUGGCGAUGAUACCCGCAGCGUUCGCACGACUAAGACUAGCCGAACAACAAAAACAAACAGGACAAGUAAAACGGCUAAAACGAGCAAGACGCAUAAGAGCCGAAGGGAUAGUACUGGAGAUGGUCACACCGAGAAGGGGGCUGAUAACGCAAGCGAGGCGGGAAGCCACCGGAGUCAUCGGACCACCCAAAGUCACCGAAGUCAUCGUACCGACAGAACCGAUCGCACUACCAAAUCCAAGCGACCUGAGAAGGUAGAAAUUAAGGCGAUCGAUGACGGUCGUAGUGACCGGGAUAACUCCAUAAACGUGGUACUCCGCCCUAAAAAGGACAACAUGCUCAAGUCCUUAUUUAAGAAGAAGAAGGACCGGGAAGAAAAAGAGCGGGUUUACUCGGUGGUUCGGUAGUCAUAUGAAGUUCGAUUCCUUUUCUUUCUACCUAUACAUUACAACAAUAAGGGGGGUACCAGGCUCGAAGACAUGUCAAUUCAUUAUAUGGGAGUUUUAGGGGACAACGUUUGAACGGGGCAUGAUGCAUCUAGUGAGCGACCUCGCUGUGCAGGAUCUGUUUAUUAAAGGCGAAGACAAUGUAAAGGGUGUCGUCAAGGUGUAUGAAUGGUAUAUUUCGAGUUUAUAGCAUCUAAGCAUCGGCCGACGAACAACAAUAAAGAAGUAUAUGUCUCACAUGAACUUGACUGACAAUAUUGAAUAAAAGCA